UUAUUAUCCGAAGGAAAUAGACCCAAUUAGACAUUUUCAUUUCCAUCAACACCCUCUGCUGAAUUUACAAAUCCCACCAAAUCAUUAUUAAUGGUAGGGGAGUGCUUUGGAAAAAUUGUAACCUGCACAUUGGAAUUUCAACCCAUCGUAUGACGUUCAACGCUGCCUUUAAAGAAUUUUCUUAGUUUACAAACAAAGGCGAUAUCUUUUUCCUUCUUUGAAUUACUUUCUUUCUAAGAUACUUUCAAGAAUCUCAAGUAUAGCAUUUCUUUAUUAACACUUCAAUUGGUUUCUCUCUUUCAGGUUCCAAAAUCCUGAGAAUCAACUGGUCGUUUCAUACAUCUUCUUUGCUCUUUCCAAACUUCUGCCCCAUUUUUCAUCAUCAUCAACUACUAAUCUUCAGGGAUCGAUGGAACAAAUUCUUAUAUCCCACCAUUCAAGUAGGCGAAAUUACAGGCCAAAAGGGUUGGACAAGAAAAGGGUUCUUCAGAUUAUUUUGCUUUUAGCAAUUUGCAUGUGGUUGGGACACCAAGUCAAGAACUCGCAUCACCAACAUGAGGGUUACAAUGAGAAUCCUCAAAGUCCAAGUGAAAGAAAUAUAACCAUAGUUUUGGGCCGCAGGGGGAUCGAAAAGUAUAAAAAUGGAGCUAAUGCAGAAUUUCAAGAUACAAAUGAUUCACAGGAAUAUGAAAGAAGAGACGGAGGUGUAGGAGACGAUGAGAUUGAUGGAAUUAUUAGUGCAGAUGUAGAGAAUGUACAGGAACUUGUACAAGAACAAACUAGAGCAGUAAAUGGUGGAGAUGAAGCAAUAGUCCUAGCCAAGUCUUAUAUCACAGUGGCUGCAAACCAAGACUCUGAAAUGGAGAUAGGGGAUGAUAGUGGUGAAAAUAUUCAUAGAGUUGAGGCUUUUCUUGAUGAGAAUGGGAUUCCACCAGAUGCCUCCCAUUUUAUCAAUUCUACGUCAUCUGAGCCUAGGGGAAGAGCCCAUGAAUCUUAACAGGAGUCGAGCGAUUUCAAUGACAAUUCAUCUCAGGCUAGCAUUUCUAUUCAAUUCUUGUUUAUCGUGUCUGAUUACUAUGGUUAUGCUACCUGCCUAAUAACGUCGGCGAGUCUCGGUUUUGUGCCUCUAGGCAUCAACGAGAAGAGAAUGAUCUAUUUACCCCAAAGUCUGUAAAAAGCAUUUUUCUCAGGUCCAGGACCAGCCCAUAAAAAAUAAUUGGCUAUCAACCUGGCCGAGACAAAUUGUUUGACGAGUCUACCCAAAACUAUACAGAAGUUGCCCCACCUUCAACCGCCUA